AUGGAUUUGCUGAAUGCCGAAAUGUUUGGUGACAUCAACACUGGAUCGUGCCAGAACAUGGAAGAUUGCCAGACACUGUUCCGUAUGAAUACCAACGAUCUGCUACCACCGCUCCAAGGAGGUAAUAUGGACGAAAUGUUUCUGAGCGAUUUCUUCCGGGGCAAUGGUAUCGUUGAUAUGCAGUGCGUAAAGUAUGAAGCAGAAACGCCAAAAGCAUUGUCCGCGAUGUAUGGAGAUGAACCACCAAAUCACUACAAAAAAACACCGAUCCUCGAUGAAUUUAUUCAUCCGUUGCAAAGUUUCACCGUCGCUAUAAGUGGUAAACCGUGCAGUGCCUCAUCCUGGUGCUACUCAACUGAACUGGAAAAGUUGUUCGUGAAGAAGAAAACUCCUGUUACGUUCGACGUUUCGUUCUCUCAGCCAACCGAAGGCACGCUGAAAUUACGCGUCAUGCUGGUGUAUUCCAACUCACAGUAUGCAUACAACACGAUCACCAGAUGCCAAGACGACAUAUCGAAGGAUGGCGCUAAAGAUUAUCAGUUCAAAGAACACGUCGUGCGGUGCUUGAAUCCAGAAGCCUCGUACACCGGUCGGGAAGAUGGAGUGAACUUUGAGGAUCGGCUAGCCGUGAUCGUUGAUCUCAACAAUGGCGCGGUUAAUCAACAGAAGCUACAGACAGUUCCCGUCUCGCUUGAAUUUCUGUGCCAAAAUUCAUGCCCAACUAUGGAGCGGCGUGCGACGACGCUUCUUUUCACGGCGGAAAACGAACACGGCACUCUGCUGGGCAGAAAGUCGAUCUGUGUCAAGAUCUGCAGCUGUCCUAAGCGCGACAUGGACAAGGAUGAAAAGAAAGUAACGGGACGGGAAAGCAACAAGAACAAACGCAAGCAAGCAAACGAAACUGUGGUUUCUAGCACCGAUCAACCACCGCGAAAGAUAAGCCGCCAUUCGAGUACGGAUGUUAAACCUACAGCAAACAGCACCAUCUCAACUACCUCUCGUACAUCGUCCACAUCAGUGGCGAUGCCUACGUCCUCGAUGCAGGGACAAAUAAAGCGGGAGCCAUCAUUUACUACGUUGGGGCGCUCGUUGAGCACUCUGUCCAACAGUAGCACGGUCGACAACGAUAGUUCGGCCGUCGUGUUGACAUUGCGGUUGCCAGAUUUGGCUUGCGCCGCAGAUGUUGCUAUGUAUGCAUUUAAACAUCUGAGUUCGAUCCUGGUCAGCUGCAAAGACGAGCAGGAGAAAACUCGAUACGCCCAAUACCUCUCCCACUGUCGACGCGUAAGGAAAAAUUUCGAGAGAUCCGCGGAAAUGCAAGAUCAACCAAGCCUGGAUUACGACUCUUCUUAG